GCCAGCACCAUGACCAGCAUCAUACAUAAGAAUGAUGUUCACCAUGUUCGUCUCUUCCAGGUCUAUGCUCAGUUUUCCCUCUACGGCCUCUGCUACCAGACACUAUCAUAAUGGCCUUCAAACUACCCUUGUCUCAACCCUCACCCAGCGUACGCACCUUAGGACGCCGUGCCGCUAGAGCUCCAGUUCUUCGAGCUCGCGGUGUUGCGACCGUUCCUUUUCGUCUGCCAGAUGCUAGAAAUGAGCCCAACCUGGACUACACCAGGGGUUCUCCCGAAAGGGUAGAGGUCGAAAAAGUGCUAAAGCAGAUGAAGUCACAACUGCCGCUCAAGAGUCAGGCAUACGUCGGAGGCAAAGCGCUCUCGAUCUCCAACACAUUGCAACAGCCUCUGCCCGCCGAACAUGCCACUACCUUUACCAACUACCCUAGCGUGAAUGCUGCACAAGUAAAUGCGGCAAUUGAUGCAGCAUUGGAGGCAAAAGAAGCGUGGCAGAACACUCCCUUUGUCGACCGGGCUGCCAUUUUUCUCAAGGCUGCCGAGCUUGUCGCCGGCAAAUACCGAUACGAACUCAUCGCUGCUACGAUGCUGGGACAAGGCAAGAACAUCUGGCAGGGUGAGAUUGAUGCAGCUGCAGAGUUGGCCGACUUCUUCCGUCUGAACUGCAACUAUGCUGCUGAGCUGCUGGAGAAGCAGCCCGACCGCGGUACUGAGGGAAUGUGGACCCGUGUGGACUACAGACCCUUGGAAGGAUUCGUUUACGCCGUGUCGCCUUUCAACUUCACUGCUAUUGGCGGAAACCUAAUUAGCGGCCCAGCUCUUAUGGGCAAUGUCGUCGUCUGGAAGCCUUCCGAUUCGAACGUGUACGCGAGUGAGCUCGUCUACAAGAUCCUCCUGGAAGCUGGUCUGCCUCCCAAUGUUAUCCAGUUCGUUACCGGUGAUGCGCAAGAGAUUACACAGACAGUGCUCGGACGCAGGGAAUUUGGUGGUCUCAACUUUACCGGUUCAUCGGACGUCUUCCGUUCUCUGUACGCUCAGGUCGGCGAAAACAUUGGCAAGAAGGUCUACCGGGACUACCCUCGUCUGGUUGGCGAGACCAGUGGCAAGAACUUCCACUUGGUCCAUCCCACUGCCGAUAUUCAGAGUGCUGUCUACCACACUCUUCGUGGUGCUUUUGAGUACCAGGGACAAAAGUGCUCGGCCACGUCCCGACUGUACCUUCCUGAGUCUCGGGCACAGGAGUUCUUGGAGAAGUUGAAGUCCGAGAUCAACGAGAUCACGAUUGGUUCUCCCGAGGACAUGGGAGCUUUCAUGGGCCCUGUCAUCCACAAAGCAUCUUUCGAGAAGAUCAAGUCGGUCAUCGAUGCCAGCAACAAGGAUCCAUCCUUGGAGUUGAUUGCCGGUGGUACCUACGACGGCUCGAAGGGAUACUACGUGCACCCUACUGUUUACCGGGCCAAGGAUCCCAACCAUGAGCUGUUUGACAAGGAAAUCUUCGGUCCAGUUCUCGCAGUCUAUGUCUACCCUGAUGCCGAGUGGUCUUCGGUUUUGAAGACAGUCGACCAGAGUGGCGGUGGAUUUGCUCUGACUGGAGCUGUAUUCGCAGGCGAUCGGCGUGCCAUUCGCGAGGCUGAGGAUACGUUGCGUUACUCUGCUGGAAACUUCUACAUCAACUGCAAGACUACUGCUGCCCUGAUCGGACAACAGUCAUUCGGUGGAAGUCGCUCUAGUGGAACCAACGACAAGGCUGGCAGUGCCAAUGUCCUCAUGAGAUUCGCCAGUCCUAGAACUAUCAAGGAGGAAUUCUUCCCCUUGAACGGCUUCCGGUACCCCAGCAACGAGUAA